AGAAACUGGAUCAUGCAAAUUAACCGGAAAUACAAUUUAGGCUCGCUUCUUGACACCCUUCGGAAGGGACUCCAGUCCAGAAAGAAUUACAAAGCUUUGUUCGAGUAUGUGAUGCUUGCAGGAGUAAAUGACAGCCAUGGAAGAUAAUUUUGCUCACCUUUCUGUAGAUGAGGAGGAGGAGACUGGACUUUCCCUUCCAAAGUGGUGAAAACCCGUUGGAGAUCCCUUUAUUGUUUGCUGACAUUUGGGUCCAAAUUAGAGAUGUUCUGAAUGGAAUUGUGGGUGAAGGUACAGCUAGAGCGUUGGGUGAUUUUAAGACAUCUAUGGAGGCUGUUUUUGAAUUCCUUCGCAUCAAAGUAAAACUGGAUAUUAGGAAGCCUCUCAAACGUAAAAAGAAAUUAAUUGCUCUGUCUGGAGAGGUUUAUUAUGUUCGUUUUCAAUAUGAGAAGGUUUUCACGAUUUGCUUUCUCUGUGGCCGCAUUGGUCAUACAGAGUCAUUCUGUGAUCUUCGGUUAUCUAAACCAAGAGAGGAACUGAUUUUGGCCUGGGAUGAUAGUCUUCGUGCUCCGGUGCGGCGUGGAGCGAGACGACAGAGUUCCUGGAUCCGAUCCUUUGGUGUCGCUGACAUUUCAGCAGAUUGGACACUUAGUAAUUCAACAUCCGUUUUGGAAGGAGAUAACACUGUGGUGAGAAAUUUUCGUAACUCCUUUUAUGGUACAUCUUCAAAUCUUGACGAAGGCAAUAACUCCGAUACAAUGGAAGCUGAUUUUUCUGAAGAGGGCGGAGUUGAAGAUGUGGCUUUAUGUAUCAGUGAUGAGAAUAAAAAAAGACAACGAAUUCUUCCUACCACUCAUAGCACCGCUGCAGUUUCUACUCAAAAUGAUUCUGCAUCUGGUACCAUUUCGACCAUCAAUCAGUCGGAGAAACAUACAUCGGUUGAUCCUGUGAAGCAGGAUGGCCGGAAGAAAUGAAGAUCCUCUCGUGGAACUGUCGAGGACUUGGCAACCCUCGGACAGUACAAGCUCUAUGGGACUUUGUUGCAAUUUACCGCCCUGUUAUUUUGUUCCUUUGUGAAACUUUAGUUCAUAAAAUGAAGCUUGUUGAUCUUUGUUCUUUGUUUUUGUUCUUUGUUGCGUUUUGAUUCUUGCUUUUCUGUGGAUUGUAUUGGGAGAAGUGGUGGUCUUGGUUUGCUUUGGAAGAGUGAAGUUGAUGUUUCCAUAUCUUGUUACUCAAAUAAUUUUAUUGAUGCUAUGGUUCUUUCUUCUGGUAUUUCUUGGUGCCUAACUGGUUUUUAUGGGUUUCCAGAAAGAUGUAGAAGGCAGGACUCUUGGGACUUGAUUAAAACUUUAUCCCGUAGACAUAAUGGUCCUUGGUUAUGUGUUGGGCAUUUUAAUAAUCUAUUGGCUGAUUCAGAGAAGAUUAAGAUUGGUGGAAACCAAUAUCCUAGAUACUUGUUGAAUGGUUUUAAGGAGGCGGCAGUGGAGAGUGAUUUAUGUGAUAUUCCUGCUAAAGGCUAUAAAUUUACUUGGUUAUUAAAAAGAUUUGGCCGAAUUAUCACCCGUGAGAAACUUGACCGAGCUAUGGCUAAUAAUUAUUGGUCCAGUUUAUUCCAGGAAGCUUCUACGACUACAUUGGUUUCACCAACAUCGGACCAUGACCCAUUGUUAGUUUCGACGGUUGAGGGUGCGGUACCUCGUAGGAAGGAGAGGAGGUUCCGUUUUGAUAAUGCUUGGCUUCAUGACGAAGAUCUGGUUGGAGUAGUUCGAGACAGUUGGUCCUCCUCCAUGGGGUCUGAUAUAAUGCUCCGUAAAAAAUCUUGUAUAGCCGCACUGCAAAGUUGGGGUAUGGACAGGAAUUCGAGAUUUUGGAAGAAAAAGAACAGCUUGAAGCAUGCUAUCGAUUUUGCUCGAGAGGUUGAUCCUUUUGCCGAUACCACAGGUUUAAUUAGAGAGUGGGGCAAUAUUCUAGCGCAGGAGGAUGCUAGACGAAGACAACUCAGUAAACAAUUUUGGCUGCAACAUGGUGAUAGAAACAGUAAAUAUUUUCAUGCUAAAAUCAAAGCAAGAACACGCAGGAAUUCCAUUAAUAAACUACAAAACGCUGCGGGGCAGUGGAUUGAAAAGGAAUGUGAAAAGCAGCAGCUGUUUGUUGACUAUUUCACUCAUCUCUUUACGCAUAAUGACACAUUUUCAGCCCAUUUUGAGAUUGGUCCGCAGUACAAUAAGCGAUGAAGAUAACUGCAUGUUGACAGCUCCCAUCUCACUUGACGAAGCAAAAGCAGCAGUUUUUCAAAUGGGUCUUCAUAAAGCACCCGGCCCGGAUGGUUUGAACCCUGCUUUCUAUCAGAAAUUUUGGCCUUUAAUUGGUGGGGAUUUGGUAACUGCCUGUAACCAUUGGCUGCAACAAGGUAUUUUCCCGGAAU